AUUGCUUUUUUAGUUAUGUUUCAAUGUGCUGUAUUGAAAUAUAACAGCUGAACAUUUAAAUAUUAGCUAGGAAUUUUCAUUUAUUUGCUCAACUACGAUUCACUAAUUUGACAACAACUAAAUUUCUCUACAAGAUGGAGGACAAACCAAGUGAAAACGUUGAAGUUGAUAUGUCAAGAUCUGAUGAAGUAUUGUCAAGGGAGACCACUAAAUGUUCGACAAUAGCCGCUUGGUCAGUAGUUUUGGGAAGUUUGGAUACUGCUAGACAAUUAGUCGGUUAUCAAGUAACCUUCGAUGGUGGAAUACGUUCAUCAUUGAUAGUGCUGUUUUCCGAAUGCUUGAAAUUAAUAGUUUUGUUUUGCUUUUUGCUAACGAGAAGCGCUGAACUUAUGAAAGUUCAUAAGUUUUCGCUAUGGCUACUCUUUCCAGCCUCAAUUUAUGCUAUAACGAAUAAUCUUUUCUAUGUUGGAGUAAGUCUGGUACCUCCUCCUAUUUGGGCUAUAUUAAAUCAAACAAGAGUUAUAUUUUUGGGCGUCGUUUACAAAUUUAUAUUCAAGAGACAAUUUACAAAAUAUCAAUGGACUGGUCUGUUUUUCUUACUGAUAGCUGUGACACUUACUGCGGCUAAAGGGGAUGAUUCCAAACAUAAAACUUAUACUAGGUCUGACUUAAUGUAUGCUUGUAUUAUUGCACUAGGAGCAUCUUUUUUAUCUGCUAUUGGACCAAUUGUCGUCGAAUGGAGGCUUAAAAGUGAUGAAUCAAGGUCAUUCGCCGUUCAACAGUUUCAAUUGUACACCAUGGGAUUGUUAUCUUGUCUUGUUGUUGUCAGUCUAGAUGUUCUACGUAAGCCUAUGGUCAUGGAUAGACUACAAAUGCCACAACUAUCUGCCAUCUUGGCUGUAGUCUUAACAGCAGCAUGUGGAUUGACAGUAGGAGCAGUCAUGAAAAAGACUGAUAACGUUGUAAAGGAACUCAGUGGUAUAGGGCGAAAAAUAAAAGUAGCAGAAAGCUUAGAAGAUGAAUAUAAACUACUAAGUGAGACCGCAAAAAGUCAUGCAGUAUUAUCAAUGGGUAUUAGUUGUUUCAUCUUAAGAAAUGAAACUUCAGCUAAUAAUGAAAAACCAAUUACUAAAUAUCUCGUGCACACUUAUAAUUUUAUGCUCAUGCCUGAAGAUCAUCAUACAGUUGAUCCUUUUUCUAUUAAGUUUUUAGCUCUCCACGAAUUUAACUUUAACAAAUUAUACAAGUCUGGAAUACAUUAUACAUUAACUGAUAGAAUGAAUGAGAAUAAUAGAAGAACAGAUAAAUCUUUUAUUGAUUUAUUAAUGAAAAUGUUAAACUGUAACGUUCCUAUGAUUGUUCAUAAUGGUUUUGUUGAUUUAGCUUUUUUUUAUCAAAAUUUUAUUUCUGACUUACCAACAUCUUCAAAAAAAUUUUUUAACAGUCUAAAAGAAAAUUUUAAAGGAGGAAUCUUUGAUACGAAGUACAUAGCUUUAAAAUUGAAGAAGAUGAGAGCCUCAUAUUUAGCUUAUAUGUUUAGAAAGUGUCAAAAGGAUAAUGUUGAAAAUAAUCAGAAUCGCAAUAAAUCGAUAGAUGUUGCAUUCUCCGAUUUAUUAACUAAUGGAGAGCAAUUAUCAUUUUUCACCUGCAAGACUCCGGAUUAUCCCAUUUUAAUUACAAAUCAAAUCUGUAAACAUUUUGCCUUUAACGGCUGGUGCAGAGAUGGAACGGAUUGUAAGAGAUCACACGAUUUAGACACUAUUGUACAUAUUAACUUUAAGUUUAGAAAGUGUCAAAAUAAAGAACGUGAUGAAACAUGCAAAGAAAUUAAUGAAGAAGCUACUGAGAAAAAAUUAUCAGGUCAACAUAGUUCAGGCUUUGAUGCUUUUAUGACUGGUUUUGCUUACUCAUUUUUUCUUAAUCAAAAUGAAGUUCUCAACUUGGAUAAUUCAAGAAAUCGCAUUUACAUAUCAAAAAAAUACUGA